GCCCCCCAGCCGCCUGCCGCCUUCCCCAUCCCCCCCCCAACCCCCGGCCCCACAUCCCUGCCCCACAUCUUCUCCCCCCGCCGCCGCGGUGGUGGCCAUGGCGGGGGGCUGGGAGCGCGUCCUCUGGGCCCUGGAGGAGCUGUCGGGGGCCGAGCUGCGGCGGGUGAAGGCGGCCUUGAACCGGCCGCCGGCGGGGGGGGGGCGCGGGGGGCGCGGGGCCCAUCCCCCGGGGCAGGAUGGAGGGGGCCGACGCCCUGGACCUCGCCCACCUCAUCGUCGGCCAUUACGGGGAAGGCUUCGGCCUGCGGGCGACGGCCCAGGCCCUGCGGCGCAGCCAGCGGCGGGACCUGGCCGAGGCCUUGGUGGGGGAGGACGCCCCCCGCCCCUCCCCCCCCGCUGACCUCCCCCGGGACGUCGCGGCCCCCCCGCCCCCCCCGGCCGAGCUCUUCGUCAGGCGCCACCGGCUGCUCCUCACCCAGCGGGUGACGGGGGUGGGGGCUCUGCUGGACCACCUGGAAGCCGCCGAGGUCUUGACCACCGAAGGGGUGGCCGAGGUGGCCGCCGCCUCCACCCCCCAGGAGAGGAUGAGGCGCCUCUUGGCCACCGCCCCCUCCUGGGGCCGCCGAGGCCACGAGGAGUUCCUGAAGGCCCUGCGCCUCCUGCACCCCCUGCUGAUGGAGGAGCUGGAGGGGGACGAGGACCUUCAAUGGUCUUCACCCAACCCGUGAAGACCCUCGAGAAGUUCGGGAGGGCUUCCGGAAACCGGGCAAGUCCUCAAGGAGCUUCCGGAGGCCCUCCAAGAGCUUCUGGAGAACCUCCAAAAGCUCUGGAGAACCUCCAAAAGCUGUGGAGAACCUCAAAAAGCUUCUGGAGAACCCCCAAAAGCUCUGGAGAACCUCCAAAAGCUCUGGAGAACCUCAAAAAGCUUCUGGAGAACCUCCAAAAGCUCUGGAGAACCCCCAAAAGAUGUGGAGAACCUCAAAAAGCUUCUGGAGAACCCCCAAAAGCUCUGGAGAACCUCAAAAAGCUUCUGGAGAACCCCCAAAAGCUCUGGAGAACCUCCAAAAGCUGUGGAGAACCUCAAAAAGCUUCUGGAGAACCCCCAAAAGCUCUGGAGAACCUCCAAAAGCUCUGGAGAACCCCCCAAAAGCUCUGGAGAACCUCAAAAAGCUUCUGGAGAACCUCCAAAAGCUCUGGAGAACCCCCAAAAGCUCUGGAGAACCUCAAAAAGCUUCUGGAGAACCUCCAAAAGCUCUGGAGAACCUAAAAAAGCUUCUGGAGAACCUCCAAAAGCUCUGGAGAACCUCAAAAAGCUUCUGGAGAACCCCCAAAAGCUCUGGAGAACCUUCAAAAGCCGUGGAGAACCUCAAAAAGCUUCUGGAGAACCUCCAAAAGCUCUGGAGAACCUCAAAAAGCUUCUGGAGAACCUCCAAAAGCUCUGGAGAACCUCCAAAAAAAGCCCCAUGGAGACCCUCGAGAAGCUCUUGAGGGCCUCCAGAAGGUCUGGAGAACCUCGAAAAGCUUCCGAAGGUCCUCGAGAAGCUCCAGAGAACCUCGAAAAGCUUCCGAAGGCCCUCACAAAGCUUUGGAAGGUCUUCAAAAACCCAUGAAGGCCCUCGAGAAGCUCCGGAGAACCUCAAAAACCCACGAAGGCCCUCGAGAAGCUUCUGGAGAACCUCAAAAAGCUCCGGAGAACCUCAAAAAACCCCCAAGGAGACCCUGGAGAAGCUCCGGAGAACUUCGAGAACCUUCUGGAGACCCUCA